GGAAAUUUAUAUAUAUUUGGUUCAACUUGCAGAAAAAAAUCGAGCCACGGGAUGUUGACAGAAGUCGGUGGAGAUCUUUUCAAAGAGGGAAAUGGACCGGAUGGUGGACCAGUGCCAACUGAAGACCACAUUUCCCUAUCUGGAUAACAUCACCAUCUGUGGUCACAACUGGCCGGAUCACAACACCAACCUCCAGCGAUUUUUCCAAGUGGCCAAAGCCCUGAACCUUACUUAUAACAGGGACAAGUGUGUGUUCAGAACCACCCAACUCACUAUCAUUGGGUAUGUCGUGGAGAACGGGGUCAUUGGCCCUGAUCCCAACCGUAUUAACCCUGUUAGAACUCCCUCUUCCCAUCACUCUCAAAGCCCUCAAACGGUGCCUGGGCUUCUUUUCCUAUUACGCCCAAUGGGUCCCCCAUUACGCAGACAAGGCCCGCCCCCGGUCAAGUCUACCACAUUUCCCCUCUGCCGAGGACUGCACGGCCUUCAGGGGACAUUACCAAAGCAACGAUGCAUGCGGUGGAUGAGACCAUUCCCUUCCAAGUAGAGAGUGACGCCUCCGAUUUCACGCUUGCUGCUACCCUCAAUCAGGCAAGCAGGCCAGUAGCAUUCUUUUCUCGUACCCUUCAAGGCCCUGAAAUUCGGCACUCCGCGGUGGAGAAAGAAGCCCAGGCCAUAGUGGAGGCUGUUAGGCACUGGAGGCACUAUCUCGCCGGCAAAAGGUUCACCUUGCUGACCGACCAGCGCUCGGUUGCGUUCAUGUUCAGCAACCAACAGCGGGGCAAAAUCAAAAAUGAUAAAAUUUUGCGGUGGAGAAUCGAACUCUCCACCUACAACUAUGAUAUCCUGUACCGGCCUGGAAGGCUCAAUGAGCCCCCUGAUGCCCUAUUCUGGGGAAUGUGUGCCAACGCACAGCUUGACCAGCUAUACGCCCGCCAUGCACAUCUUUGCCACCCAGGGGUCACCCGAUUUUACCAUUUCGUGAAAGCCUGGAACAUGCCGUACUCCCUUGAGGACAUCAGGACGAUGACCAGGGACAGCCAAGUUUGCGCUGAGUGUAAACCGCACUUCUACCGUCCUGAAAAGGCGCAACUUAUCAAGGGCACCCGCCCCUUUGAGCGACCGAGUGUUGACUUUAAGGGCCCCCUUCCCUCCACCGACCGCAAUGUCUACUUUCUCAACAUUAUCAACGAGUACUCGCGGUUCCCCUUUGCCAUCCCCUGCCCCGACACCACUACCACAUCCGUCAUAAAAGCCCUGCGCCAGCUCUUCACUCUGUUCGGAUAUCCCUGCUAUAUCCACAGUGAUAGAGGGUUCUCCUUUAUGAGUGACGAGCUGCGCCAGUACCUGCUGGCAAGGGGCAUUGCUACUAGUAGGACCACGAGCUAUAAUCCCCGGGGUAAUGGACAGUUGGAGAGGGAGAAUGCCACAGUGUGGAAGGCCACACUUUUAGUCCUUAAGUCAAAAGGGUUGCCGGUCUCUCGAUGGCAGGAGGUCCUCCCCGAGGCACUCCACUCUAUCCGCUCUCUGUUAUGUACGUCCACCAAUGCCACCCCUCAUGAGCGCCUAUUCUCUUUUCCCAGGAAGUCUGCCACUGGGACCACCCUCCCGGCUUGGCUGACGUCCCCAGGGCCAGUGCUGCUCUGGAAACAUGUGCGGAGCAAUAAAUACUCCCUGAUGGUCGAGAGGGUUCACCUACUACAUGCAAACCCCCAGUAUGCCUACGUGGUCUUACCUGAUGGGCAGGAGGACACAGUCUUCGUCCACGACCUGGCGCCCGCAGGAGCAGCAGACCACUACCCCGAACACUCCAUGGUAACUAUGAACCCUGUACCCACCGAGGUGUAUACCCACCUGACACCGCGCACACCAAGCCCUACAUAGACUCCUCAUGACACUCGCAUACCGGGCGCCUCGUACACGCAUGAGGGUUCACUGACACCUAGUGGGCUGACACCUCCAGUCAGGCCAGAACUAGCACAACCACCGUCUCCGAUGCAAUCACCACCGGCACCUGUGCAAUCACAGCCGGUGCUACAUAGAUCGCAGCGACAGAUUCGACCACCUGAUAGACUAACAAGUAACUAUACUUGUAAGAAACUUCGCCCCAUGGGGAAUCACUUUUAAAACAAAGGUGGGGGGGGUGAAUGUGGUGAACUACAUAUACCUGUCUGGUCACGCCCACCCUGCUGACUGCUCCUGUGGCUCCUCCCACGGACCCCGGUAUAAAGGCGUUUGAAGACACAGCCCCGGCCUCAGUCUCCAGGAGGUAGUGUGGUGGUCAAUUGCUGCUUGUUCUUUCUUCCAGCCAAUAAAAGCCUAUAUCUCACCUCAUGUCUCUGAGAGUUAUUGACGGUGCAUCAGGUACAUCAUUAAAGACCCCUCACACCCUCUCCAUGAACUGUUUGUUCUUCUGCCAUCAGGCAAACGUUACAGGAGUGUCAAAACUAAAACCACAAGGCUACUAAACAGCUUCCUCCCACAGGCAGUCAGACUUCUAAAUAACUGCUCUACCUGACUCUGCUUUGGACACUUAUAACUUGUUUUUAACUGACAUGUGGCUGUUGUGUUUUACUAUUUAUUGUUAUGUUUAUUAUUUAGUGUUGCGUUUGUUAUGUUAUGAUUGCACUGCUCCUGGGAAAUGCUCUCAUUCUGCCCUGCAGAGCUGAUGUAUGGUUAGAAUGACGAUAAAGUUUUUGAAUCUUGAAUCUUGAAUUUGUUCUGUGCUU